CAUUUUUCUUUCAGUCACUCGUUUCUCUGUCUUCAUCUCAAAAACGCUUCACUUUUUAUCUAAUUCACUGAGAAACUCUUCAAUUUUUUUUCAAAAUUUCAGAAAACUGAUCCCGAAAAUACUCUUGUCAGUUGUCAAUAGUAAGAUACUCGAUUUUCGCUAAAUCAAAUUCUGAGAUGCUGAAUUCUUCAUAUUGAUCUGCAAAUCCAAUCUCGAAUUCAGGCUCGCAAUUAACUUAAGUUGUGAAGUAUUUUUAAGUUAAUUCUUUUGGAAUAAUAUAGCAAUUCAAUGCGAAGGAUUUUUCUGAUUUAAUGAGGCAUUAUUGCUGAUUUUUUUAGUGAUUUUGGAGCUCGGUUUUGACUGAUUUUUUAGCUGGAUUAUUUUGCGCAGAUUUCUUUCAAAUUGAAUUUUCAUUGUUUUUUUUUUUUUUGGUGUAGCAAUUCGUAUUUUUGUCUUUAUGAUUAUUAUUUUUCUAAUUUCUUUGAAUUUAGGUCUUUUAAUUUCGUUAUUCUUCAAUCUGAAUUUUGUUAUCAAAUUUUGAGGCAUUAUACAGUUUUGCUCGACAAUCUGAACCUUUUUUUUGUUUUUUUUGUUUUUUGCAGAGAAGAAAGGCAUCGAAAGGAAAAUGCCGAAAGUAGUAUCACUACUCGAACCGAAAGUCGUACUACUACUACUAUUAUUAUUAUUGGUAAUAAUAGAAAACGGAGAGGCUGACAUAGGAGUAAAUUGGGGAACCGACACCUUAGAAGGAAUAUCACCAAGGAAGGUGGUAGAACUUCUGAAACAAAACAACAUCUCAAAAGUCAAAUUGUUCGACGUCGAACCUAAGAUUAUGAAUGCCUUAAAAGGAAGUGGCAUUGAUGUUAUGGUCGGGAUUCCAAACGGGAUGUUGUCUCUCCUUAGCUCUUCGCCUAAAGCGGCUCGCUCCUGGGUACGCCACAACCUCACUUCGUACGUGUCUGCUAAGACGCCGACCAAUAUCAGAUAUGUAGCUGUUGGGAAUGAGCCUUUCCUCAGUAGCUAUUCAGGGCAAUUCCAGUCAUAUGUUGUGGCAGCGCUUGUGAACCUACAAGAAGCGUUGGUUAAGGCAAAACUUUCCGACUCAAUCAAACUUGUAGUACCGUGCAACGCAGACGCGUAUGGUUCAACAGUUCCUUCUAACGGAAGUUUUAGGCCCGAGUUGAGGGAUAUAAUGACUCAACUCGUUUCUUUCCUUGUUUCUAGUGGUUCACCGUUUGUGGUGAACAUUUACCCAUUUGUGAGUUUCUACGAAAAGUCGGAUUUUCCUUUAGACUAUGCCCUUUUUGACGGGACAAAGCACCCUUUGGUAGACGGUUUAAAUACGUACACCAACGCUUUUGAUGGGAACUAUGAUACGUUAGUCGCAUCAUUAACAAAAAUCGGACAUAGCGACAUUCCCAUAGUAGUUGGUGAGGUGGGUUGGCCUACAGAAGGGGCAAAUGGGGCGAAUGUAGAAAAUGCAAAGGCUUUCAAUCAAGGUCUUAUUCGUCACAUUCAAACUAGGACAGGAACACCGUUACGGGCAAAUGUACCCCCGGUAGAUGUAUUUAUUUUCGGCCUACUCGACGAAGGUAAAAAGCCUAUACUAACCGGUAAUUUUGAAAGACAUUGGGGACUGUUUUCAUAUGAUGGGCAAACAAAAUACGAGAUAGAUCUUGGUAGCGGGCCAUUACAAAGUGCCAAGGAUAUUCAAUAUCUUCCCCCUAGUUGGUGCAUUGCGAGCCCUACGGGAGAAAUAUCAAAAAGUAUGAAAGACCAAUACAACCUAGCCUGUUAUUAUACUGAUUGUACUACACUAGAGGCCGGUGGUGUAUGUAGCGGAUUGGGAGAGAGGGAUAAAAUGUCUUAUGCAUUCAACAACUUCUACCAAUUUGGUCGAAAACAAAAACCGUACAGCUGCUUAUUCAACGAGGUAGGGAGAGUUACUUUUAUCGAUCCUUCCGUUGGAAAUUGUCGCUUUCCCAUCGCUCUUUUGGACUCCGGUGCAUCUAAUUCAUUAUCUAGAUUUACUAUUUUCAUCUUAAUAUUUGUAUUAGGCAAUGUAAUUAUCAAUUAUGUGCUCUAAAUGUAUAAUUUUAAUGUAUAUAUUAUUUUUUAUUUUUAAGUUAAAUACGUACUAGUCGCUAAUUGUUAUAUUA